ACAGAAUUUUCCUUCUUUGUAAUUUGCUACUGUAUUGUAGUAGUUUCGUUAUCUGAAAUGAUUUCACUUGUUGUUGUUAAUUUGUUAACUUUGUUAUUUCUCUCAAACUUUUGUAUACUCCGAAUAUCAACCGAGUCUAUUCAUGAUCUCCCUUGGUCAGUUGACAAAGGUAACUGGAUAAUAACCGCAAAGUUAAUCUCGUCAAAUGAUGGAGUUUUCGAUAUUCGAGAGUACGUUCAUUCAAGUGAAGUUGUUCGUGGUAAAAUAACUAUAUCUUCUGGAGAUGAUACAAUGGAUAUUUUUUAUUCCAGUGAAUUUAAAAACGAUAGAUUGGUUAUUCAGAAUCAACAAUGUUUUGGAUUUAAUUUGAAAAACAAAUGGGAUCAUAAAUUAUUCAACAUCGAUUCGACAAAGCCUCUUCUUAAUCAUCUACUGAUGACCGGACCUUCGAUUGUGUUCAGGAUCAAUGGAAAGAACUUUAUCUGGAGACAAGACGAAGAUACAAAUAUUAAUGGAUUCGCGGUCCAUUCUGCAAACACAACAUUCAAUAGAAAUCUUGAUAUUAUUUAUUAUUACAAAACUCAUUUAGAUUCUCCUGGAAUAUUAAAAGCCAGUCGAUUACAAUUCAAUGGUCUAGAUUCACCUUUCGAACUUAUAACUUCCAGUGAAAUUGUUAACUUAGAUAUUUAUUCAAUUACUAAAACACAGGAAGAGCUUGAUAAAAUUGUUACGGUUACACCAGGAAUCGGUUGUCCCUUGAACCUCAUAACAUCAAAAUCUCAUGACUGGUUUCAGAUACCAGAAAUGUCGGGAUCUAGUUAUCAUUUCGUUGCGAAAACUACUGUUGAUGGACCCAAAAAGUCAAUAACAUUAAGUGAGAUGUUUGUCAACAGUCAAGAUCUUACUACAAGUAUGAAAACAAUUGAACAAGGGAUUGUGACCGAAUCUCUUUACGAUUAUAACUUGGGAACUAUUUAUUCCCUAACGAAAGAGGGUCGUUGUUUGAUCUCCGGCAUUGGUCCAAAUAGUCCAGGAAUAAGUAUUUACGGAGCAUUCACUACAUAUGGUUUUCUAAAUUAUCGAGACACACAUACAUACUCGUAUCUUGGUAAAACUUAUAUCAGAUCAAGAUACGAAGCGUAUGUUUGGGAAAGAACGGAUUACGAUUACGCAUUCGAAGGAGAAAAAUAUGAUAAAUUCGUAACAAGUCAUUAUUUUAUUAAAUCAACAAAGGCUAAGUUAUUCAAUGAUUUUAUUCUCGUAAGAACUACAACUAACAAUUAUAAAAAAGUUAACUCGGAAACUUAUAAAUUGAUUGAAACCAUUACAAAAGAUUAUUAUGGGUUGGAGGUAAUAGAGUCAGGUCACGAUUAUAAAGAUGAACUAUCUCUAAAUUUUGCUGAUUGUUACCCUGAUUCAAAAGAAAGAAAGACUUUUGCAAUUUAUUUCACUUGUGAAAAUGACGAAGAUUUGGACUGUUUGAAGUAUGCGGAAACCCAUCAUAAUAUGUUCAAUGCGAAUUUGAAGACAACUUUGGCGCGUGAAAAUAUAUCUCCUGCAAGAAUAUCCAAUAUUGACCUGGUUUUUGAAGAUCGAAAUAUCAAAGCAUUAGUGACCUUUUUGAAAAUUCCAAAUAUUGAAGAUAGUUUACAAAAAGAAACAAUAAAAUUGUCUCAGAGCACAAUUUCGAGCUUAAAUCAUGUGAUUGCAGAAUCGGUUGGCGAUUGUCUUUACAAAAUAGCUGGACUCAAGCGUAACCCAAAAGCGAUAGCAUAUUGCAAUCAAGAAAAAACGUCCAUUGUUUGCGGUUGGCUCGCGUCCAAGGAAACGAUUGUCAGGGAUGCUGCUGAUGCGAUUUGUGAUGUGUAUUAUCCAAUCGAUAGUUAUUCUCAGUUCAACAAGGAAAUUCAUCUCAACAAACUUGGAGAUAUUCUUCGUCGAAAAAAAUUACACUUUUAUCUAUCUGGUGACGCCUUUAUCUCUUACGAAUCAACAAGAAUUAUUGAUGUAACUAAUGAAAUAAGUACAGAAAGAGGCUCGUUCAUAUUGGUUGCAUCGGAAAAGAAACUGAUAGAUACUGAUGUUGAUGUCAUAUUGGCUAAAGAUAUUUCGAAUCUUGGUGAUUGUUAUCGUACUUGUGCUCAUGAUGAUGUCAAUCUUUGUGAGACUUUCGUUUAUUGUCAAGCUACAGAUAAAUCUUCUUGUUUUACAUCAAAUAUAAUCUAUGCUAAUUUAUCCAAACGAACGACAGAAGAUGCAUCUUGUAAAAUCUACUCAAAGAACCGACUAUUAGAUUACAUUGAGAUAUCUUCGAGAGAGUUUAAACAAUCAACUAGCAUCACUAUUGAUGUUCCGCUCGAUAAUUGUGCUUCAAUGUGCAGUUCAUCUGAUGAGUGUUUCUCAUUCCAACAAUGUGGUGGUUCUUGUACUUUGAGUGGAUAUUAUACUGACUCGAUAUCACAGGAAAGUUCUGAUUGUAAUAUUUAUAUUCCGAAAGUCUCUCAACAAUUUAUAUCAACUGGACGAAAAAUUGUUUCUGAAGUUUUUCACACUGAAGUUAAUCUAAAUUUGGAUCAAUGUGCUGCUCUUUGUUACAGUUGGACAAAUACUGGUGAAUCUUGUGUAUCAUUUAACUAUUGUCCUAAAAAUGGUGAAAUAAGUUCAUGUAGCUUAUCAAAAUAUUCAACCAACGAUAAAUCAGCUACUUCAAUUGAUUCAGGAGUUUGUAAGAAUUAUGAAAAGCAAAAUUUACAGUCGCAUGAAAGAAACGUCAAUGAAAAUGUACAAGUUACCGUUGGAGGGAUAAGUAGAGGAGCUGCAUUCGGUAUAAUCUUGUUAUUCAUUACCGUUGGACUUUUACUUGGGUUUAUUUUUCCGAUGCUGAUCAAUGUAAGUUUAAUGGAAACUUUUACUUGUAAAAUAAAUUUCUCGUCUCCAUCCAAACAAGAAAUUCAUGAAUUCGGAUGGACAAAACAAAUAGAUUCAGUUGAUAUUAAUUAAUGUAUGGCUUGCACUGCUACUUAUUUUUAUUGUAUUAACCUGUUUUUUUUUAAUUAUUAAAACAUUUAGCCAUUUAAAA